GACGGUGGUGAGCUUCGUGUAGAGUGAGGCGCGGCCGAGAGCUGGGGUAUGCGGCGAGAAUAGUAUGUAUAAUCUGGGGCGAUUCCAUGCGAGAAGGGACAAGGUUGGAAGAAGCGGGGAUCCUUGACCUCACGAGGCAUAUGAUCUUGGUCCAGCAAGUUUUGUGCCUGGGCAAGUAUUUGGCAUCCUCAAGUAUUUGGCAUCGUCGAGUAUUCGGCAUCCAGCAAGUCAUUUUCAUUCAACUAGAAGUAUGUGUCAUUCAACUAGCAUAUUUCUCAGUCAACCCGCAGUUUUUCCACGAGAAUUGGCAUCCAGCAAGAUUUGGCAUCCAGCAAGUAAUUUUCGUUCAACUAAAAGUAUUUGUCACUCAACUAGCAGUAUUUCUCAUUUUACCAAAAUAUUUCCCAUUCAACCAUCAGGAUCUCCCAUUCAACCAGCAGUAUACGGCACCACCCAGAACUGUUCUCGACUACUCACUACGGCCAGAGGUUCUCUAGACCAUUCAAUGUAAGGACAUCUGCAUCGUCGCUCCGGCCCGAUAAGACGUCCUCUCCAGCCGCACAAACAAUUAGCAUUCGUUCAGCUGAAAAAUACUUCUUCCCGCAUCUGCAAGACAAACAUACAUACCGCUCUGUAUACCGACACCCCGGACUCGUGGAGAAUCUGCAUUCACUUUCAACCGAGGCAUCGAGGGUAAGAAACCGGCAGGUCCGUGGACUUGGCCACUACACUAAACACGC